AUGGCAGAGUAUCAACUUUCUUACGAGUCCGAAUUGGACACAUUCCAAUUAUACUACCGAUACAAUGAACCGCCCAAAGAAGACUGGCGCACGGCAGCCCUACGAGGCCCCGCUCUUCCAGCUCUGGGGAAUGCCCUAGCUGGCGCCAUGGGCUCCGCUGUAUCCAACGUCGCAACAUACCCGCUAAGCGUGAUCGUGGCAAUAUUGCAGACUCAGAAGCAGAACCACACGAACAAGUCAGAUAACGACGAGAAGGAAGACAAGGGGAACAAGGAAGAAGACACGAACAUCAUUAGCGUAGCGAAAGAGAUCUACCAGAAAGGCGGGCUCAAAGCGUUCUAUCCCGGUCUCGUGCAGGAUACAGCGAAAACGGUAGCAGAUAAUUUCCUCUUUUUCCUGGCAUAUUCGUUUUUCCGGCAGCGACGGAUCAGGGCUCGAUUCGGUGCGCAGCGUGCAAGGAGACAUACUAGUGUUGUUCUUCCGGUGUUGGAUGAGUUGGCUAUUGGGGUUCUGGCAGGGUCGUUUUCGAAGUUAUUCACGACGCCACUGGCGAAUAUCGUUACGAGGAAGCAGACUGCGGCGUCGAGUAAGAAUACGAGGGAGAUUGCGGCACAGAUCAGAUCUGAAAAGGGUAUCAAGGGGUUCUGGUCAGGGUAUUCGGCUACGUUGAUUCUCACGCUUAAUCCGUCGAUUACGUUCUUCUUGAACGCGCUCCUGAAGUAUACAUUCUUGUCUCAGGAGAAGCGGUCGAAACCCUCACCAGCUACGACUUUUUUACUUGCUGCCCUGAGCAAAGCAGCUGCCUCGUCUAUUACAUAUCCUUUUUCAAUGGCCAAGACCAGAGCCCAAGUAUCCGGCAACACUCGCACCAGCAAUGAAAAGACCAGCAACAAAAACACUCUUCUAACCCUCCUCACCCCUCAAAUCCUCAGAAAUGUCGUCUCCAUCGCCCGCACAGAAGGACCCACAGCCCUCUAUUCCGGUCUCUCCGGUGAAGUAUUCAAAGGCUUCUUCUCGCACGGCUUUACCAUGCUCGCCAAAGACGCUGUCUACUCUCUCAUAGUCAAGUCCUACUACCUCCUCCUCCUUGUUCUCCGCAAAUAUCCCACCCCAGAAGAACUCCUCGAGCGCGCCCGCGAACAGAUGGAAGAAUACGCUGAGGUUGCACGUGAGGGUGCAAAGGAUUUCGCGGAGAAGGCUAAGAAUGGUGCUGAAGAUAUUGCCGAGAAAGCAAAGAAUGGUGCUGAGGAUCUUGCGGACAAAGCUAAGAAUGGUACUGAAGAGAUUUUGGAGUCACAGCCGGGUCAUGUGGCUGUUGACGGCAGUUCGUAUGCUACGCCGGGGGGUAUUGAGUCGUCUUCGGGGCUUCCGAAUGAAACAGCUGAGUUACUGGGAGAUUAUGUGGGGAGUGAUGAGUGA